UUCACUUGGAGUGUCUUGCACUUCCUGUCGCCUCAGCCAAAGUGCAGCAAUAUGCAGCCUGCAACAAGGGGACUGCUGCUAGCACCAGCUGCCUUGCAUUCAUGUUUACAUUGAAGAGGACGCAUUUGGUCGCCGUAGGGUAGGAUGGCUCUGUUUAGCUAGCCAGGAGCUGGAGGGCUGCAAUGCCAGUAAGUAAAAGGAGAGGGCCAGGAAGAGGAGAGGGCUCCCAGAGACUGGGGAAGAGAGGCAGCCGCUCGGCCAUCCCGGCGCUGUUCACCAUCUCUGAGGAAGAGGAGGGACAGAGACGGAGACAUGGUAUCAGGAGGAAGACCAAAGCGUCCUACUAUCAAUCGGACGAUGGCAGAGCAUCUCGGCCCGGCUCGUCUGCUUCUGGACAGAUCUACUCACCCACCCUGACCUCCACGCCCACGCCCACUCGCACGGUCACCAGCACCAGCCCCAACAACCAAAACACUGCAAUUAAAACAGACUCUUUGCUCUUCAACAAAACCGAUGAGAGGCUGAGGCUGGCCCGUGAGCGCCGAGAGGAACGUGAGAAGCAGAAUGCCAUCAAGGAGGCUGAGUGGCAGGCACGUGAGGAGCGGGCCAGGCAGCACUACGAGAAGCACCUGGAGGAAAGGAGGAGGAAGCUGGAGGAGCAGCGGCUAAAGGAGGAGCAGAGGCGGGCGGCCGUGGAGGAGAAGCGUCGACAGAAGCAGGAGGAUGACAAGGUUCGUCAUGAAGCGGUGAUGCGGCGCACUAUGGAGAGGAGUCAGGUGACCAGGCCGAAGACCAACCGCUGGUCCUGGGGUGGAACCCUGCCCCCCAACAGCCCUGGCACUCCCACCGGUUUUGCAGAGUCUGCUUUCCUCUAUCCGCUCGACCUUGCCGGACUGGAGCACGUGCACGGUGCUUUCAGUCUCUCUCGCAGAUACCGAAUGAUGUCACAAUAUGCUGACAGACGCUCGGUGUCCACCGUGAAUUUAUCCAAGCAUCACGACCCCGUCAUUACCAAACGCCUGUCCUCAUCCUCAGCCACACUCCUCCACUCACCCGACCGAGGGCUACAGAUGAGAACAACCUCCUCACCUGCCAUUAACAAAGCUCGGUCCAAAUCCCGCCUAUACCAGGGGACCGUCACCCUCCACAAAAACACAGGCCCUCGCCGCCUUCCCCUGACGCCAUGGGAGAGCAACGUGGUGAACCGUCUGCAGCAGCCCACACACUCCUACCUGGCUCGUAGCCGCAGUGCCAUGAGUCUCACUGGAGAGCAAACAGCCAUGCCUGUGUGUCCUCGCUCAGUGUCCUGCCAUCCCAUGGGCUCCAUGUCCUUCAAGGCCCUGCAGGCCCGCCCCCUCUCUCACAGCCGCAGCCACGAGAGGAGCCUCAGCAGAGAGACAAGCUCAUCCACGCCUGCCCGCAGGAGGACCACAGGGACAACACAGUCGCCACAGAAGAGUCGCGACUCAGUCAGGAAGUCAUGGAGCAACUUGUCUGUGCCUCUUGGACCUGCCCUCACCUUACCUCUGAAAAUGCGCACCUCUUCUCCGUCCAAAAGAAACGUCAAAGUAACAGCGCCCUCUCCUGGCAGGCCACCUCUGAAGCCCACAGGACGCCCUCCGACCCCCAAGAUGCUUAAGUCUCCAGGGGCAGAGGACCCUGGAAAUUUCCGCCCCGUCAGGGUGAUGAUGCCUGACGCUCAGCACCCAUCUACGGCCACCAAAACCCAGGAAACGGAGGACGAGCAGGUCCUCAGUCCUCCUCAGCAGCUGGAGCUCAAGAAAAGCAGCACAGAGCAGAUGUCGACAUCAACCAGCGAGAGCAUAAGCAGUCCGCCCACCCAGAAAACCUCUGCCGGGACCACAGAUCCAGAGGAGGCAAGUCGCAUCAUGGCCGAGAACCGGCGGCUGGCCCGUGAGCAAAGAGAAAAGGAGGAAGAGGAGCGGAGGCAGCAAGAGGAGCAAGCCAGGUUAGCGAAGGAGGAGAUGGCUCGUCGUAAGGCUGAGGAGCGAGCGAGAAGGGAAGAGGAGGCCCAGCGGCAGGCAGAGGAGAGGAGACUGAAGGAAGAGGAGGACAGAAAGAUGGAGGAGGAGAGGCAGCAGAAAGAGAGAGAAGAGGCAGAUAGAGCCCAGAAACAGAGAGAGGAGGAGGAGUCUCGACAGAAAGAGGAGGCCGAGAGGCUGAGGCAGGAGAGGGAGAAACACUUUCAGAAGGAAGAGGCUGAGCGGCUGGAAAGAAAGAAGCGUCUGGAGGAGAUCAUGAAGAGGACGAGACGGUCCGACACGACAGAGAAGAAAAUCACGCCCAGCAAGAACGGGGACAGCACAGCGGGUGCCGCCUCUCCUGUCCCAUCUGAAGGAGCACCGUCUCCCACCCCGCAUAGUAACGGCAACAGAAGCCCACCAGACCCCAUCAUGAACGCCAGCACCUCCACACCUAUGCAAAGGGAGAACGGUGAGCUUGACGAGGUGAUGGAACUGCCUCCGCAUUCCAGAUUGACUCCUCCUAAUAAAGGCGAGGAGGAGGAGGAUCAGCAACAGCAGCAGGGAGAGGUCAUCACCUUCAGGGAAAACGGACUCCCAAAGCCUCUGAGUGGCAUGGACGAUAUUUCGGUCCAGCAGGGAGCAGACGUGGCCUGAUGGCAACAUCGGACGACGUUAUCCAGCCACAGAGAACCAGGAAGAAAAACUGUUUGAUCGCGGAGAAUUAAGUGGAAUCAAAGAAAGGCGGUCUUUCUCCGACUUUGAUGACCCCUCGCAGAGACCCGACACAACAACAAGCUUCCAUUUUUUUCCUCCCAAAGAUGGCAACUGCAAAGUUUGCCCCAAUGAAACAUCUCAGGAGAGAAUGGUUUCCCCUCACAUGAUGAUUGAGGCAGGAUCUUUUUUUUUUCUCCCCAGUUUUGAAAUAACUGUCAGAUGAGCUGUAAAGUACAUAUGAAAACUCAAGGUGUUUUCCUUCCUUUGACAGUCUGCUCGGCAACAGGACGAUUAGGACUGUUACUUGUGUUAUUUUUGUUACAGAAAGGUGGAGAACAAGUCAGUGACUUCCCACGCUGGAAAGGUGUCUCAUGUAACAUACUUAUGCUGCACCUUACAGCGUUGAAAAGUAGAGAUUAUCCACAGUUGGACCUCCGCAGUUUUAAGUUAAAGAUGAAUGAAAGCCUGAGCUCAGAAAACUGAGCUUCAGGGUGAGUACUACUGAUUUUCUUUUUUAGUUUAUUUAAUGAAUCUACUCAAAAUCUGAACCCUGAUAUUCUGUUCAGGUAGCAAAGCAAAACAUCUGCUUGGAGUUUAGUUUCCUUUCAAUGGUUCAGCUCAACUUUGAACCCAGUCAGAGCUGCACGCCACCACCAUAUAAACCAGUCCGCUCUUAUUACAGUAAUGCGUCAUUCUGUAGUAACCCCGACUGGUGAUUAUUUUGGAACAAAUGCUGCUAAAUGUGAUGUUCUGUUGCCGAGAUUGUCCAAUCCAGUACUGCAGUACUGCCAACAUGCUGUUUGGUAAGACAACGGAGCUCACAAAUUCCAGUAAACAACAUUAUACCACAGCUACUCUAUAAAUAAUGUAUAAAAGUCAAUAUAUUUUACUAUAAGAACGACCACAGUUUAAGUGUAUUUGGUGAUAAAAUAAAUCUUUGACAUUACCUUUUUCCGCUGAUGACGACUACUCAUUGUUUGCAAAGAACUA